AUGGCCAAUUCAACCUUCCCAUUUCAAUUCCCUCACAUUUCCAAAGACAAUUUUGAUAAUUGGUGCAUUCGCAUGAAGGUGUUGCUCAGAUCGCAAGAUGCUUGGGAGAUUGCAGAAAAAGGCUACGAUGAGCCUAGUGAUGAUGCUUCUUUGAGUCCUAAUCAAAGAGUAGCAAAUGCAACAACCUCCAAGCAAGCAUGGGAGAUUCUUCUAAACUCCUAUCAAGGAGUUGAUAAAGUGAAGAAAGUUCGCCUUCAAACAUUAAGAGACGAAUUUGAAGUUUUGCGAAUGAAAGAAUCCGAGUCGAUUGUGGAUUAUUUUUUAAGGGUGUUGGCCAUAGUAAAUCAAAUGAAGAGAUAUGGAGAAAAAUUGAAAGAUGUUCGAGUCAUUGAGAAGAUCCUUCGUUCCUUGCAACAAAAAUUUGACUAUAUCAUUGUAGCUAUUGAAGAGUCAAAAGAUUUAGAAACCAUGAGUAUUGAUCAACUUAUGGGAUCUCUUCAAGCCCAUGAAGAAAGGCUCAACAAGAAGAAGGAAGAGCCAUUGGAGCAAGUUCUAGCUACAAAACUCGUUUUCAAAGAGAAGGAAGAAGAGCAAGAAAGGAGUCAAAGAGGACAAGGACGAGGAUGCGGCCGUGGCCAUGGUAGAGGAAGCGGAAGAAGCCCAUGUAAUUGGAACAAUUAA